GGUGGGGGAGCGCUGGGAUCGGACCUGCUAAGGCCGCGGGGGCUGAGGGACAGAGGCAGAUGUCCUGGCUAACCGUUUCCCCCACCCAGGAUGAGGCUGCGGCUCCUGGUGGCCGCGCUCUACGCCGGGAUCCUGACAGGGGUGCCCCGAGUACCGGCCCAGCAAAGGGAGAGAGUGACCUGCACGCGCCUUUACGCCGCUGACAUCGUGUUUCUACUUGACGGCUCCUCCUCCAUCGGCCGCAGCAACUUCCGAGAAGUGCGCGGUUUCCUUGAGGGGCUGGUGCUGCCCUUUUCUGGGGCAGCCAGUGCGCAGGGUGUGCGCUUUGCUGCUGUGCAGUACAGCGAUGACCCACGGACAGAGUUUGGCCUGGAUGCGCUUGGCUCAGGGGAUGACGUGAUCCAUUCCAUCCGUGAGCUCAGCUACAAGGGGGGCAACACGCGCACAGGGGCUGCAAUUCUCCAUGUGGCUGACCAUGUCUUCCUGCCCCAGGUGGCCCGACCUGGUGUCCCCAAGGUCUGCAUCCUCAUCACAGAUGGGAAGUCCCAGGACCUGGUAGACACAGCUGCCCAGAGGCUGAAGGGGCAGGGAGUCAAGCUGUUUGCUGUGGGGAUCAAGAAUGCCGACCCCGAGGAGCUGAAGCGAGUGGCCUCACAGCCGACCAGCGAUUUCUUCUUCUUCGUCAACGACUUCAGUAUCUUGAGGACGCUCCUGCCUCUCGUUUCCCGGAGAGUGUGCACGACUGCUGGUGGUGUGCCUGUGACUCUGCCCCCUGAUGACUUGACUUCUGGGCCACGAGACCUGGUGCUGUCUGAGCCAGGCAGUCAAUCCUUGCGAGUACAGUGGACGGCAGCCAGUGGCCCUGUGACUGGCUACAAGGUCCAGUACACUCCUCUGACAGGGCUGGGACAGCCCCUGCCAAACGAGCGGCGGGAGGUGAGCGUCCCAGCUGGUGAAACCAGCAUGCAGCUGCAGGGUCUCCGGCCACUGACUGAGUACCAAGUGACUGUGGUUGCCCUCUACGCCAACAGCAUUGGGGAGGCCGUGAGCGGGACAGCUCGGACCACUGCCCUGGAGGGGCCGGAGCUGACCAUCCAGAACACCACAGCCCACAGCCUUCUGGUGGCCUGGCGGAGUGUACCAGGUGCCACUGGUUACCGUGUGACAUGGCGGGUCCUCAGUGGUGGGGCCUCACAGCAGCAGGAGCUGGGCCCUGGGCAGGGGUCAGUGUUGCUGCGUGACCUGGAGCCUGGCACGGACUAUGAGGUGACCGUGAGCACCUUGCUUGGCCGUAGUGUGGGGUCUGCCACCUCCCUGACUGCCCGAACUGACACUUCUGUUGAGCAGACCCUGCGCCCGGUCAUCCUGGGCCCCACAUCCAUCCUCCUUUCCUGGAACUUGGUCCCUGAGGCCCGUGGCUACCGGCUGGAGUGGCGGCGUGAGACUGGCUUGGAGGUGCCACAGAAGGUGGUGCUACCCCCUGAUGUGACCCGCUACCAGUUGGAUGGGCUGCAGCCCAGCACUGAGUAUCGCCUCACGCUCCACACUCUGCUGGAGGGCCGCGAGGUGGCCACGCCUGCCACUGUGGUCCCCACUGGGCCAGAGCUGCCCGUGGGCCCUGUGACAGACCUACAGGCAACCCAGCUGCCUGGGCAGCGGGUACGAGUGUCCUGGAGCCCAGUUCCCAGUGCCACUGAGUACCGCAUCACUGUGCGCAGCACCCAGGGGGUUGAGCGGACCCUGGUGCUUCCCGGGAGUCAGACAGCCUUCGACUUGGAUGACAUCCGGGCUGGGCUCAGCUACACUGUGCGGGUGUCUGCUCGAGUGGGUACCCGUGAGGGUAGUGCCAGCGUUCUCACUGUCCACCGGGAGCCAGAAACCCCACUUGCCAUCCCAGGGCUGCGGGUCGUGGCAUCAGAUGCAACGAGGGUGAGGGUGGCCUGGGGACCUGUUCCUGGAGCCAGUGGAUUUCGGAUUAGCUGGAGGGCAGACGAUGGUCCAGAGUCAAGCCAGACAUUGCCCCCAGAAUCUACUGCCACAGAUAUCAUGGGGCUGCGGCCUGGAACCUCCUACCAGCUGGCUGUGUCAGCACUGCGAGGGAGAGAGGAGGGCCCCCCUGUGGUCAUCGUGGCUCGAACUGACACACUGGGCCCAGUGAGGACAGUCCAUGUGACUCAGACCAGCAGCUCAUCUGUCACCAUCGCCUGGAACAGGGUUCCUGGUGCCACAGGAUACAGGAUCUCCUGGCACUCAGGCCACGGCCCAGAGAAAUCCCAGUUGGUUUCUGGGGAGGCCACGGUGGCUCAGCUGGAUGGGCUGGAGCCAGAUACUGAGUACACAGUGCACGUGUUGCCCCAUGUGGCUAGUGUGGAUGGGACCCCUGCUUCUGUAGUUGUGAGGACUGACCCUGAGCCUGUGGGCAGUGUGUCGAAGCUGCAGAUCCUCAAUGCUUCCAGUGAUGUUCUGCGGGUCACCUGGGUGGGGGUCACUGGAGCCACAGCCUACAGACUGGCCUGGGGCCGGAGCGAGGGUGGCCCCACAAGACACCAGAUGCUUCCAGGAAACACAGACUCCGCAGAAAUACGUGGCCUCGAAGGGGGAGUCAGCUACUCCGUGCGCGUGACUGCACUUGUAGGGGACCGUGAGGGCGCACCUGUCUCCAUUGUCGUCACCACGCCUCCGGAGGCUCCGCCAGCCCUGGAGACCCUUCGCGUAGUGCAGAGAGGGAAGCACUCGCUCAGCCUGCGCUGGCAGCCGGUGCCCGGAGCACAAGGCUUCCGUCUGCGUUGGCGAGCCGAUGCUGUCCCAGGUGGCCAGGAACAGUCUCGGGUCCUGGGGCCCGAGCUCAGCAGCUACGAGCUGGACGGGCUGGAGCCGGCGACCCCGUACCGCAUGUGGCUGAGCGUCUUGGGGCCGGCUGGAGAAGGGCCCCCCCUGGAAGUGACUGCAUACACUGAGUCACCUCGUGUCCCAAGCACUGAACUGCGUGUGGUGGCCACCUCAGUCGACUCAGUGACUCUGGCCUGGACCCCAGUGUCUGGGGUGUCCAGCUACAUCCUAUCCUGGCGGCCACUCAGAGGCCCUGGCCAAGAAAUGCUUGGGGCCUCACAGACACUUCCGGGGAUCUCGAGCUCCCAGCAGGUGACAGGACUAGAGCCCGGCAUCUCCUACAUUUUCUCCCUGACACCUGUCCGGGAGGGUAUACAGGGUCCUGAGGCUUCUGUCACACAGAACCCAGUGUGUCCCCAUGGCCUGAUGGAUGUGGUGUUCCUGCUGCAUGCCACUCGGGACAAUGCUCAUCGUGCAGAGGCUGUGAAGCGAGCCCUGGAGCAUCUGGUGUUUGCGCUUGGGCCUCUUGGGCCACAGGCGGUCCAGGUUGGCCUCCUGUCCUACAGUCACCGGCCCUCCCCACUGUUCCCGCUGAACAGCUCCCAUGACCCUGGCAUCAUCUUGCAGAAGAUCCGCAACAUCCCCUACAUGGACCCGAGUGGGAACAACCUGGGGAUAGCCGUGGUCACAGCUCACAGACACCUGAUGGCACCAGAUGCUCCCGGACGCCGCCAGCAUGUGCCAGGGGUGAUGGUUCUGCUAGUGGAUGAGCCCUUGAGAGGUGACAUCUUCAACCCUAUCCGCGAGGCCCAGGCUGCUGGGCUCAAAGCCAUGAUGCUGGGCCUGGCGGGAGCCGACCCAGAGCAGCUGCGUCGCUUGGUGCCGGGCAUGGACCCUGUCCAGACUUUCUUCGCCAUGGAUGAUGGUCCAAGCUUGGACCGGGCAGUCAGUAGUCUAGCAACAGCCCUGUGUCAGACAGCUUUGGCCACCCAGCCACAGCCAGAGCCUUGCUUGGUGCAUUGUCCAAAGGGCCAGAAGGGGGAACCUGGAGAGAUGGGCCUGAAGGGACAAGCUGGGCCUCCCGGCCCCCCCGGCCUCCCGGGGAGGAUCGGUGUUCCUGGCCCCCAGGGGCUCCCUGGAAGUACCAUUGCAAAGGGCGAGAGGGGCUUUCCUGGGGCAGAUGGGCCUCCAGGCAGCCCUGGCCGCCCUGGGACUCCUGGAACCCCUGGCCUAAAGGGCUCCCCAGGGUUGCCUGGCCCUCGUGGAGAACCGGGAGAACGAGGGCCUCGAGGCCCGAAGGGGGAGCCGGGAGAGCCUGGACCAGUCAGGGAAGGUGAGGGCCCAGGGCUUCCUGGGCAGAAAGGCGACCUUGGACCUCCGGGCCCCCCUGGAUCUCGUGGCCCAUUGGGGGACCCAGGACCCCGUGGUCCCCCAGGACUUCCUGGAACAGCAGUGAAGGGUGACAAAGGUGAUCGUGGGGAACGGGGCCCCCCUGGACCAGGUGAUGGUGCCACUGCUCCAGGGGAGCCUGGGCUGCCGGGUCUUCCUGGAAGCCCUGGACCCCAAGGCCCAGUUGGCCCCUCUGGAGAGAAAGGAGAAAAGGGUGACUGUGAAGAUGGAGCCCCAGGUCUCCCAGGACAACCUGGGAUGCCCGGUGAGCGGGGCCUACGGGGACCUCCUGGAAACGUUGGCCCCAAAGGUGACCGAGGACUGACAGGGGCUGUGGGUGAGACUGGAAAGAAGGGUGAACGUGGAUCCCCUGGCCCAGUGGGACCCCAGGGGCUGCCCGGAGUUGCUGGACGUCCUGGAGCCGAGGGUCCUGAAGGGCCACCAGGACCCACUGGCCGCCGAGGAGAGAAGGGGGAGCCUGGUCGUCCUGGGGACCCUGCAGGGGGACCUGCUGGUGCCGGACCCAAAGGAGAGAAGGGAGAUGUGGGGCCCCCUGGGCCCAGAGGAGCCCCUGGAGUCAACGGGGAGCAGGGCCUACCCGGUUUGGUUCUUCCUGGAGACCCUGGCCCUAAAGGAGACCCUGGACUCAGGGGUCCCAUUGGCCUCACUGGCAGAGCAGGAUCCCCAGGUGACUCAGGGGCUCCUGGAGAGAAGGGAGACCCUGGGCGGCCUGGCCCCCCAGGACCUGUCGGCCCCCGAGGACGAGACGGUGAAGUUGGAGAGAAAGGUGAUGAGGGCCCCCCGGGUGACCCAGGUUUGCCUGGAAAAGCUGGCGAGCGUGGCCUUCGGGGGGUACCUGGAGCUCGGGGGCCUGUGGGUGAGAAGGGAGACCAGGGAGAUCCUGGAGAAGAUGGACGAAAUGGAAGCCCUGGACCACCUGGACCCAAGGGUGACCGUGGGGAGCCAGGUCCCCCAGGACCCCCUGGACGGCCGGUAGACACAGGACUUGGAGCCAGAGAGAAGGGAGAGCCUGGGGACCGUGGGCAGGAGGGUCCUCGAGGACCCAAGGGUGACCCCGGCCCCCCUGGAGCCUCUGGGGAGAGGGGCCUCGCUGGACUUCGGGGGCCCCCAGGCCCACAGGGGGACCCAGGGGUCCGAGGCCCAGCAGGAGAAAAGGGUGACCGGGGCCCCCCUGGUCUGGAUGGCCGCAGUGGGCUAGAUGGGAAACCAGGAGCUCCUGGCCCCCCUGGGCUGCAAGGUGCUGCAGGCAAAGCUGGGGACCCAGGGAGAGACGGGCUUCCGGGCCUCCGAGGAGAACAGGGCCCCCCUGGCCUCCCUGGCCCCCCUGGAGCACUGGGAAAGCCAGGCGAGGAUGGCAAGCCUGGCCUGAAUGGGAAAAACGGAGAGCCUGGGGACCCUGGAGAAGACGGGAGGAAGGGAGAGAAGGGAGAUUCAGGAGCCCCUGGGAGACAAGGUGACGAUGGCCCCAAGGGUGAGCGUGGAGCUCCUGGUAGCCCUGGACUCCAGGGCCCCCCAGGCCUCCCAGGGCAGAUUGGCCCUUCCAGCCAGGGUUUUCCAGGUGUUCCAGGAAGUGUGGGCCCCAAGGGUGACCGUGGGGAGAGUGGACCCAAAGGGGAACAGGGCCUCCCCGGAGAGCGUGGCCUGAGAGGAGAACCUGGGAGUGUGGCGAAUGUGGAGCGGUUGCUGGAAAAUAUUGGCAUCAAGACGUCUGCCCUGCGGGAGAUUGUGGAGACCUGGGAUGAGAGCUCCGGCAGCUUUCUGCCUGUACCUGAACGGCGUCGCGGCCCCAAGGGGGAGCCAGGCGAACGGGGCCCCCCAGGCAAGGAGGGCCCUAUCGGCUUUUCUGGAGACCGCGGGCCGAAGGGAGAUCAUGGAGACCCCGGCCCUCAGGGGCCACCUGGCCUGGCCCUUGGAGAGAGGGGCCCCCCUGGACCUCCUGGUCUUGCCGGGGAGCCUGGAAAGCCUGGUAUUCCUGGGCUCCCAGGCCCGGCUGGGAGUGUGGGGGAGGCAGGAAGGCCAGGAGAGAGGGGAGAACGGGGAGAGAAAGGAGAACGUGGAGAACAGGGCAGAGAUGGCCCUCCUGGCUUCCCUGGACCCCCCGGCCCUCCUGGCCCCAAGGUGGCCGUGGACGAGACAGGUCCUGGACUGUUUGGAGAACAAGGACCCCCUGGACUCAAGGGAGCUAAGGGGGAGCCAGGCAGUGACGGCGAACGAGGCCCCAAAGGAGACAGGGGUAUGCCAGGCAUCAAGGGAGACCAGGGAGAGCCUGGACAGAGGGGUCGUGAUGGCAGCCCGGGUCUACCAGGAGAGCGCGGUGUGGCUGGGCCUGAAGGGAAGCCGGGUCUGCAAGGUCUGAGGGGGGCCCCUGGCCCAGAGGGUGGCCGUGGAGACCCUGGACCAUCUGGUGCCCCGGGUCUCGCUGGCCCCGCGGGACCCCAGGGACCUUCUGGCCUGAAGGGGGAGCCUGGAGAGACAGGACUACCAGGAAGGGGCCUGCCUGGACCUACUGGAGCUGUGGGACUUCCUGGCCCGCCUGGCCCUUCAGGCCUUGUGGGUCCUCAGGGGGCGCCAGGUUUGCCUGGACAAGUGGGGGAGACAGGGAAGCCGGGAGCCCCAGGUCGUGAUGGUGCCAGUGGAAAAGAUGGAGACAGAGGAGCCCCUGGUGUGCCGGGAUCACCAGGUCUGCCUGGCCCUGUCGGACCUAAAGGAGAGCCUGGACCCAUGGGGACGCCUGGACAGGCUGUGGUUGGGUCCCCUGGAGCAAAGGGAGAGAAGGGAGCCCCUGGAGGCCUUGCUGGAGACCUGGUGGGAGAGCCGGGAGCCAAAGGUGACCGAGGACUGCCAGGGCCACGGGGCGAGAAGGGUGAAGCUGGCCGUGCAGGGGAGCCUGGAGACCCUGGGGAAGAUGGUCAGAAAGGGGCUCCAGGACUCAAGGGUCACAAGGGUGAUCCAGGAGUCGGGGUCCAGGGCCCCCCUGGGCCAGUUGGUCCUCCUGGUCUGAAGGGAGACUUGGGCCCCCCUGGACCCCUUGGUGCUCCUGGUGUUGUCGGGUUCCCUGGUCAGACAGGCCCUCGAGGAGAGAUGGGUCAGCCAGGCCCCAGCGGAGAGCGGGGUCUGGCAGGCCUCCCAGGGAGAGAGGGAGCGCCAGGUCCUUUGGGGCCACCUGGACCACCAGGGUCAGCGGGAGCACCUGGGGCCUCUGGACUCAAAGGAGACAAGGGAAACCCUGGAGUAGGGCUGCCUGGGGCCCGCGGCGAGCGUGGGGAGCCAGGCGUUCGGGGUGAAGAUGGCCGCCCUGGCCAGGAGGGACCCAGAGGACUCACGGGCCCUCCGGGCAGCCGGGGGGAGCGUGGGGAGAAGGGUGAUGCUGGGACCGCAGGACUAAAGGGUGACAAGGGCGACUCAGCCAUGGCUGUGGGGCCUCCGGGGCCACAGGGUGCCAAGGGGGACAUGGGUGAACGAGGGCCUCGGGGCACAGAUGGUGACAAAGGACCUCGGGGAGAUAUUGGGAACCCUGGAGAGAAGGGUGCCAAGGGAGAGCCUGGUGACAAGGGCUCAGCCGGGUUGCUGGGAGUGCGUGGACUCACGGGAUCCAAGGGUGAGCCCGGUGCUGCAGGGAUCCCUGGUGACCCGGGAUCCCCAGGAAAGGAUGGAGCCCCUGGUGUCCGAGGAGACAAAGGAGAUGUUGGCUUCACGGGUCCCCGGGGCCUCAAGGGAGAACGGGGGGUUAAGGGAGCCUGUGGCCUCGACGGAGAGAAGGGAGAUAAGGGAGAAGCUGGUCCCCCUGGGCGCCCUGGGCUGGCAGGACACAAGGGAGAUAUGGGAGAGCCAGGUGUGCCGGGCCUGUCGGGGGCCCCUGGAAAGGAGGGCCUGAUUGGUCCCAAGGGUGACCGAGGCUUUGAUGGGCAACCAGGACCCAAGGGUGACCAGGGUGAGAAAGGGGAGCGGGGGCCCCCAGGAAUUGGGGGCUUCCCAGGUCCCAGGGGCAAUGAUGGCUCUAGUGGUCCACCGGGGUCCCCUGGCAGUGUUGGUCCCAAAGGCCCUGAAGGACUUCAGGGCCAGAAGGGUGAGCGAGGUCCCCCUGGAGAGAGUGUGGUGGGUGCCCCUGGGGCCCCUGGGAUCCCUGGAGAGAGAGGGGAGCAGGGGCGGCCAGGACCCACUGGCCCUCGUGGUGAGAAGGGAGAAGCCGCGCUGACAGAGGAUGACAUUCGGGCCUUUGUGCGUCAGGAGAUGAGUCAGCAUUGUGCCUGCCAGGGCCAGUUUAUCGCAUCUGGAUCACGACCCCUCUCUAGUUAUGCUGCAGACACCGCUGGCCCCCAGCUCCACCGUGUGCCUGUGCUUCGGGUCUCUCAUGCAGAGGAGGAAGGCCGGGUGCCCCCCGAGGACGACGAGUAUGAAUACUCUGAGUAUUCUGUGGAGGAAUACCAGGCCCCUGAGGCUCCUUGGGAUGGCGAUGACUCAGACCCCUGCUUGCUUCCGCUGGACGAGGGCUCUUGUACUGCCUACACCCUGCGCUGGUACCAUCGGGCUGUAGCAGACGGCACAGAGGCCUGUCACCCCUUUGUCUACGGUGGCUGUGGAGGGAAUGCCAACCGUUUUGGGACCCGUGAGGCCUGUGAGCGCCGCUGCCAACCCCGAGUGAUCCAGAGCCAGGGAACAGAUCUUACUGGAGCAGGCCCAGGCCAGGGCUGCGAGGGAGUGGGCUGCCUCCAAUGCUCACAUCCUGACCCACAUUGGCUGCCACUGAGCCUGAGGGAGGGGGUUACAAUGAUGGGGCCACCCUGGAUGGGGAGACCUGGAGAGCAGCAGCAGAGCUGGAGGGUACUGCAUCUGGGCACAGUGCAUCUGGACAUUGCCGUAUGGACAUUGCCGUAUGGGUCACUGGCAUGUGGUGUCAUAUCAUAUCUGAGUGCCUCACAGAGUCACAGUGUUUUUGGACAGCCUGGACAUUGCCAUGUCAGGUUGCUGCCAAGUGAAGUCUUGCCACACCUGGGAGCUCCACAGACUUACAGUAUGUCUGGACAGCUUGGACACUACUGUGGAAGGUCACUACCUCGUGGAGUCUUGCCAUGUCUGGGUGCCCCACAGUCACAGAGCCUCUGGACACCACCACAUGUGGUCACUGUCAUGCCACUUUCAGGAACCUCAACACAGGAGCCCAUUUCUUCAUCUGAAACCAGUCCACCUAAGACCAGACCUGCAGGUCUGCCCUGCCCCCACAGGUCACCACAUAGGGAAGUGCUGGCUGAGGGUCACAUGCAUGUUUUGUGCUCCAUGAGGCAGCACCCACCCCAGAUGGAUGAGGCCAUCGGGGGCAUCUCUAGGCACGGAUGGCUGUACGGGGGAAGUCUGGCUGUGGCAGCCUUGCCUUGUGGGGAGGGGUGUGUGUGUGUGCAUGUGUGACUGUGUCCCUCUGUAUCUGACAGCUGUGAAUGUGUGUGAGGGGCUGGGAGGAACAGGUGCUUGUCCUCCAAACCUGCUCAACACAUAGCCAGGCACUGUCCUAUCCACAUCCCUGCACACCCAGCCUUGGCCCUGGGACACAUACGACUCAGGGGAGAGGGGGCUCAGGCUGCCGGGGCUUCGGCCCAACUCUGCCCCUCCUCACCAAAUGGUGCUGAGCAAAGAUGCUCACAUUUCCAAGCCUCGGUUUCCUCAUCUGUAAAGCAGAGUGAUGCCACCAAGAUUCUUGUGAGCACUGAGUGACAUGGUGUGCAUGAAGGUUCUGGCAUGCAGGAAGGGCUCAAUAAAUGUAGUGA